AUGUCUAUCGAGAAUACGUCGGGGGAACGGCAUUCGGCCAAGAGGCGGAAGCUCAGCCAUGAUUCGCAAGCGGAUGGUGUCGACCCUUCCGAAGCCUCUUCCAGUCUCGGUGGCGGUGACAAUGUUCCAGACAACCUCCAAAAAAAUCGUCUAGCUUCGAGGGGACCUCUCCAGCAUAGAGAUUCGAAAUCCAGUCGGACAUCUGCGCUGAAGUCUACUGUGCUACCAACUGGAGGAAUUAACAAAUCAGCCAUUCUCGGGCUCCAAGUUGCUGACCUGAAUGCCCAGCUGACACCAAAUUAUGACAAACUUCGACCCAGAUGGAUCGCUAUCUCGAACGAGCUUGUAUCACUCAUCAGAGACAUUCCGGAAAUUUCGCCCGUCAAUGCAACGGAUGCCGUAAAGUUGCUUCUCAAGCAAGGAAUCAAGGUGCCAUUUCCGGAACCACGACCAUCGAAAGACACAAACUACAAGUUCGGUUUUGUAGCUCCGAAGCAAGUUUUGGUUGGUGGUGCUCUACCAUGGGGAUUGAGUCUCAAGGAUGAGAACGCCAUAGAGGUUACAGCUAUUAUGCCUGAUGGUGUCUUACAGGAGAAGGACUAUCUCAACAACAGGGCGUGCUACAAGGCUGCAUUCUAUCUCGCUUGCAUUGCUUCAGCAAUCAAGAACAGUGAGCAAGGUGAUUUCAGUAUCUCCUUUACACACAAGCACAAUGUCGAUCUUUUGCCGGUCAUCGACCUCGUGGCCAAGGACGCAAAUCUAUCAAAGUUCAAGUUCCAGGUUGCUGUGGGAUUCCCAAACCAGUCGAUACCUCUAGCAAAGACGUCACCUGCAAAGAAUUGUCUUAGGCAAGAAACGUUGGCCAGUAAAGAAGAAAGUGACCAGUCAACUCCAUUCUACAACAGUGCUAUCCGGUACGCAGCAUCCUUUCUAGCCUUUGACCACCUAGUCCGCUCAGCACGGAGCCCAUCCUUCGAUGAAGCAUGUCGGAUCGGCCAACUCUGGUUACGACAGCGAGGCUUCUCCAGUUCCGUUCGCUUUGGGGGAUUCGGCUUCUUGGAGUGGACCUUAGCAUGCGCACUGUUGACGCGCGGAGGAGGUCACCGUGGCCACCCAUUGUUCUCAAAACAGUACAGCAGCGUCCAAUUUUUCAAGGCCAUGCUUCAGAUCCUUGGCGGGCGCGAUCUGCAGGAACCGAUGCUUCUCAAUAGUGCUAAGUUCGAUCUCCCACGCUCGGAGCUGCCAGUUCUUUACGAUGGAGAGACGGGUGUCAAUAUCCUCUACAAGAUGUCUCCUUGGUCAUAUCAAUCCCUGCGUCACCACGCUCAAGUGUCGUUGGCUGCAGUCAAUUCUCGCAAUCAGAAUGGUUUUGAUGCAACUUUUGUUCUGAAUGUCGCGGUACCUUUACUGCAGUACGACGAAAUACACUCUGUUAAAAUAUCUGCUGGCUUGUUGUCGACACCUGCAGAUGAACGACAAUUUCUGCAGAAAAUGCACAGGGUCUUAAUGAAAGGAUUAGGCGACAGAAUAACUUUGAUCGACUUCCAAAUGCCUAAAGAGUCAGGUUGGCCGGUCAACAAGGACCCAUCUCACCGCAAGGAAGAUUACGAGUUGCACAUUGCAUUGGUCACCAAUCCAGAGACUGUUGGCCGCCUUGUUGAUCGUGGUCCAUCCGCAGAUGAAAAGGAAGAAGCUACCGAAUUUCGGGAGUUCUGGGGCGAAAAGGCAGAGCUGCGCCGCUUCAAAGACGGCAGUAUAUCUGAAAGUCUAGUGUGGGCAGCAGGCCGCCCGGUUACGUUCCAGAUCAUUACUCAUAUUGCAGCCCUGCAUUUCAAACUGCCACCGGGCUCAGUCGAAACAAGAGCACGGGAUCUAGAGUCCACUGUUCUGGGAGAGGGCAACAGCGCAUCAGGGUUUACGCCCAAAGACGCUUUCCGCGUUAUCAAUUCAACCUUUCAGACCUUGACGUCGAGUUUGCACAAUCUCGAAGGUCUUCCGCUACCAAUCCGCUCAGUUUCUCCCGCGGAUCCAGUCUUACGUUCAAGCUCGACGCUUCAUCCAUUGCUCCCAUCAACUGCAUCUCCCAUCGAUAUCACUAUCCAGUUUGACUCCUCCACAAGAUGGCCAGACUCCCUCCCGGCCAUCCAACACACUAAAAUCGCAUUCCUCCUCAAGCUUUCUGAGCUGCUCAACUCAAAUGAUCCAAAUCUCACUACACGUGUCGGGAUUGAGAAUACAGAGUCCGCUAGAACGGGCCAUCUCAAUACCUCGUUCCUUGACAUUAUCUAUCCUUCCCCAGCCCCCGGCAUCAGUCCAACCUGCUUCCGUGCCCGCAUUUACCAUGAUCGGGAGGCUCAUCUCAUCCAGACCGCUUUGGCGGAUAAAUCUCUGCAUGGCACCUCGAGAGACUCCUUUUCGAUCGCGCUAGCUACAUACAAACGAGACUUCCAGGCAAAACCGAUCCACACAACCACGAUCCGCAACCUGAUCACCCGGUUUCCACCGUUGUCGAGUACAAUCCGUCUUUUGAAGAAAUGGGUGUCAUCCCAUCUCCUCCUUCACGAACAUAUUCCCGAGGAAAUUCUCGAACUCGUGGCCGCCCAUAUCUUCCUCCAGCCUGCACCGUGGAGUGCGCCCGGGUCUGUCACAACCGCAUUUCUGCGCUGUCUACAUUUCCUCGCAGGAUGGGAUUGGGCUUAUUCGCCGUUAAUCAUCGAUCUGAGUGUCUCGCAAGACUCCUUGACCGCGGCGCAAGCCGUGGAGAUCCAAAACCGCUUCGAGGCGUGGAGGAAACUAGAUCCACAGAUGAAUAACGUGGUUUGGUUUGUGGGCACAAAUAUCGACACGAGUGGGACGGUGUGGACGGUCGAUGGGCACCCUCCGCGCGUCGUUGUGGGUCGGUUGAGCGCGUUGGCGCGUGCGGCGCUUGAUCUGGUCGAGAGCAACGGUACAGGCAUGACAGAAGACCACUGGAGAGGGCUAUUUGAGAGUCCGCUGCGCGAUUUUGAUUUUCUGAUCCACUUGAAACCUUCUGUCGCUCGUGGAAUCAAGGCCACCAAAGUGAAAGCUAUGGCCAAAGUGAACUCUGACGAAACGAACGGGGAUGGAGAGUUUAAGAACCUCCAAAUAGCCGAGAGCAUGGACGUGGACUCGAUCGGAUACAACCCGGUCGAGCUCUAUCUGCGCGAUCUUAACCAUGCAUUCGGGUCGGCGGCGUUGUUCUUCUACGAUCAGUACGGUGGACAGGUGAUUGCGGGAUUGUGGAAGCCCAACGUCCUGGGACGGAAGGAGUGGAGGGUGAGAUUGGGGUGGUCGAGUGUGCCCGUCAAUUCUGACGGCGAUGCAGAAGAAGGGAAGGACAUGUGUGUGUUCAACAGGGAUGGAGUGCUGGCGGAGAUGGCAAGGUUGGGAGAGGGCAUCGUCAGGAAGAUCAAGGUCAAGGAGUGA